AUGGGGUGCACCGGGUCGAAGAUCGACCCUCAGGAAAAAGAAGCGUCACAGCGGAAUGCCAGGAUUGAGCGUCAGUUGCGCCAUGACCGGAAGGCUGAAUCUCGCACCGUCAAAAUCUUAUUGUUAGGAGCCGGCGAAUCCGGCAAAUCCACAAUCAUCAAACAGAUGCGCAUAAUCCACUCGAACGGCUUCCAAGAAGAUGAAAGAGUACAAGUGCGAGCGGUCAUUUACUCCAAUGUGGUCGUUGCAUUCCGCGUCCUGUAUGAAAUCAUGCAAGACGAGAAGAUUGAGUUCGAGGACGAGGCCAAUGAAGCCCACGCCGAGUUUCUCGAGAGCAUCGAUUCCGAUGUCGAUGCUCAUGAAGCAUUUAGGGACAAAAGAGUCAAAGAAGCAAUGGUGACUCUGUGGAAAGAUGCAGGAGUACAAAAGGCCGUUGCUAAAGGACACGAAUUCGCACUACAUGAUAACCUCAACUUCUACUUCCAGAACAUCGAUCGAAUGUUCGAACCAGGUUGGACACCGAAUGACCAGGACAUGUUGCACGCACGACUUCGCACCACGGGAAUUACCGAGACUGUCUUCGAGCUGCGCGAAUUGACAUUCCGAAUGAUGGACGUCGGAGGUCAAAGAUCAGAACGUAAGAAAUGGAUCCAUUGUUUCGAUGGUGUUCAGUGCUUGCUUUUCAUGGCAGCUCUGUCUGGAUAUGACCAAUGCCUGGUGGAAGAUGUGAACGCCAAUCAAAUGCAUGAAGCUCUAAUGCUGUUCGAAUCUCUUGUUAACGGCGAGUGGUUCAAAGACAAGCCAAUCAUUUUGUUUCUCAACAAGAUCGACCUUUUCCGCGAAAAGUUACCUGUUUCGCCCCUCUCGGCCCAUUUCCCGGACUACACUGGAAAAGAGGGCGAUGAGGAGGCAUCGAAACAAUUCUUUGCCAACCGUUUUAAGUCCAUCAACAAAAACAGUGAUCGAGAAAUCUACAUCCACUUCACCAACGCCACCGAUACCAACCUUCUCAAGGCCACCAUGGAAGAUGUGCAGGAUAUCUUAAUCCAAAAGAACCUUCAACGGCUUGUUUUGUAG